UGAGACGAGUGAGCAUAAACCGAACUCUCAGCUCCACAAAUUUACUUGCAAUGGCAACAACACUCUCUCACUCCUCACUCUAUCCCCUCCAUUCUCUCUCCUCUUCUUGUUUUUCUUCAACAAUUCGUUCAUCUCUAUGCCCUUUCACUUGCUGUCCUUCUUCAUUUUCUUUCCCAAUAACUCAGUUCUCAACAAAUCUUGAAAUCCCAGUAUUGUCAUCAUGUUGUUCCCAAAUUCAGCAACUAUUCCCAUCCACAAUAAAGCAUCAUCACCCCAUUUUGCUCUUCGUUGGUGUUGACUCACCCCCUUUGGAUACCCAAACAUUUCUUGCCACUUUCAGUGUUUUAGCUGCCAUUGCUCUCUCCCUCUUUCUUGGCCUCAAGGGAGAUCCAGUUCCUUGUGAUAGGUGUGCUGGAAAUGGUGGUACGAAGUGUGUCUUUUGCAAUGAUGGUAAGAUGACAACCGAAAAAGGAUUAGUUGACUGCAAAAUUUGCAAGGGUGCAGGAUUAGUAUUCUGCAAGAAAUGUUCUGGUUCUGGAUACUCAAAACGGCUAUGACCUAUACUACUCGCUCUCUUUUCUCCUGUAAUUAUAGACGUGUAUUCUGAGGCUAAUCCACCAAUACAUGAAAAUUUGAAGCACUGAUAUGAGGCUGUUGUAUUUGUUCAAAUAUUUUGUUUACGUAUCUUUCCAAAAUGUAUCGCUCUACCCCUACGUCUGCCUUAGCCGGGGAUUGCUUUGUGCACUGGUAA